AUGCGCAAAAUCCUUUCCAACAGAUUCUUCAAGCGUCGUACAGAUACCGAACUUUCCAACACCGCCUUGAAUCCCAAUGUACCAGCCGACUUGUUCUCCCUCAUUGUCACCUUUGUAUCUGAUCAACAUACCCUCUUUGCGCUUACCUUGACCAACAAACACUUUAACCAGCUCGCUGCUCCCAUGCUAUAUCAAGAAGUACGUUUAAGUCGACCUGGCGCUUUCAAAUUAUUCGUCAAAUCAGCACCUGCUCAUCGUAAACAAUCCGUUCAAACCCUGGACUUAACCUUUAACGUUCGAUGGCUUAAUAUCGAUUUAGAAAGAUUGAAGAAGAAGUAUCCUGUUAAGAUAGCUGAAUCGAGAUUGUAUAAUCUCAAGAAAUUGGUGGUGAUUUCAAAGGGUGCUGAAAGACAUUCGAGAGAGAUAGGUAAUACACGAUUCACAAAUCAUUUAAUCACAUUAGUCAUUCAAUGGAUCAAGAUAUUUUGUCCAAUAGAAGGACCAAAUACAUUUAGAGGAAGACAUUAUGGACAAGAUGGACGAGAAGGAGAAGUCCUAUGGGCAAAAUCACCUUUAUUUGAAAUGAUCAACCAAUGGAGUAGGACUGAACAUGUAGAUUUACCGAUCAUACCCCAUACAAUCACCUGGGGGGGUCCUAUGGAGAUCUCUGGUCUCCCUCACGUGUCGGGACCAUUACCGACAAUGAAAAAAGUCACUAUGCAUAAUUGGAAUUCUGAUAGACUGCACGAGGAUGGCUGUUUACUUGCGGAAUGGCUGGAUAGUUUGGAAAAUGAGAUUAUCCUGGCGACGGAAGAUAAUAAGCUUGGACGAAGGGUUUAUGAUGGAGAAAUGGAUCAGAGAGUCAUCCUGUCAUUGCGAGACCCGAUUUCCACUUAUUCGAGGUACAGACUUGAAGACUGGAUCAAAGAUGAUGAGGAUAGGAGCCAAGUGUACAGGAUAGACAACCAAGAGCAGACCUUUCAACCUGAAUGCGAUAUUUGGGAUGUAGAAUAG